GCUGAGAAAAUUGACAUCGGCGAUCAAUGUUUUAAUUAUUUAUUUAUUUUCGAAAUUCUAUAAAUUGCCAAUACGAUCCGUUGAUAAUUUAGCGAUUUCAACUUCCUAGAGUGAAUCGCCAAAACUUCAAUAUGUGGAAAAUAAUCUGCUUAUUUGUUAUUUUGGCCUUGACCAUACAGACUGGAGAUGCUAGCCGAGAUACAAAUAACAAGCCAUACAGAGUAGUCUGUUAUUUGGGCAGUUGGGCUAACUAUCGAUAUGGAGAAGGAAAAUUCUUGAUUGAACAUAUUGAUCCUUUCAUCUGUACCCACGUAGUAUAUGGCUUUGCUAAACUCGGUCCCGAUAACAGAAUAGCUGCUUACGACCCAUAUUUGGAUCUUAAGGAGAACUGGGGUCUAGGUGCUUUUCAAAGAUUUAACGGAUUAAAGAAGCAAAAUCCUCAUUUAACUACAAUUUUGGCCAUUGGUGGUUGGAAUGAAGGAUCAGUUAAAUAUUCGAAUAUGGCAGCUAAUCCUGCAUCUAGGAAAACAUUUGUUGACAGUGUUGUCGAAUUUCUAACGAAAUAUGACUUUGAUGGUUUAGAUAUGGAUUGGGAAUAUCCUGCUAUGAGAGGAGGAAAACCAGAAGAUAAAGAGAACUUCAUACAUUUAUUAAGGGAUCUAAAAGAAGGGUUCGAACCUCAUGGUUUCAUUUUGACUGCUGCAGUUUCUGCAGGAAAGCACACCAUCGAUCCUGCAUAUGACAUCCCUCAAAUGUCCAAAUAUUUGGAUUUCAUUAAUUUGAUGGCUUACGAUUUCCAUGGUUCAUGGGAAAACUUCGCUGGUCAUAAUGCUCCUCUGUACCCUCGUGAAGAAGAGUCAGAAGAUCAGAAAGUACUGAAUGUGGACUUCGCAGUUAAUUAUUGGUUGGAUAAGGGAUGCCCGAAAAACAAACUUGUGCUUGGAAUGGCUUUGUAUGGUCGAUCUUUCACUCUAAAAGAUGCUAACAACAACGGUCUAGAUGCACCUGUCACCGGAAAAGGAAUGGCAGGACCAAUUACUAGGGAAGGAGGCAUGUUGGGCUAUAAUGAGAUCUGCAAAUUUGUUGGUAAAGAAAACUGGAAAGUUGAAUGGGUUGAAUCAAUUAAAUCUCCUUACGCCUACAAGGACAGACAAUGGGUGGGAUAUGAUGACCAGAAAAGCAUUAAAAUCAAAGUUGACUACUUAAAAGAAAAAGGAUUAGGAGGCGGUAUGGUGUGGUCUAUCGAAACAGAUGAUUUCCGAGGAUUAUGUCAUGGUCAUAAAUAUCCUCUUCUAACUAUUAUUCAAACUGAAUUGAAUGGCCCAAUCACUCGACCAGAAGUAAUCCCCGACGAAGACACAACAACAGUCAGAGGAAAAGUAACAUUUCAACCAACCGAACCUCCCAAGCCUUUCGUUUCAACAACUGGCACUGGUUUAGAGCUGAAAUGCGAUAAACAAGGUUUCCACAGAUAUCCUGGUGACUGCUCCAAGUUUUAUGAAUGCAUUCCUAGUGGAAGCAGUUUCAAAGUUAUCACGUACGAUUGCCCACCAGGAACCGCAUUUGAUAUAAAAAUCUCAGGAUGUAACCAUCCUAGUUCUGUCGAAGGUUGUUUCAAAACCAGAAAUUGGGAAAAACUGAUAAAAAAUCUAUCAGUUUUUAUCACAAUACUCAGCAUUAGAUUGAAUUGCCAACAUUCCAAAAUGCGGAAAGCUAUCUACUUUUUGUCACUCUUGGCAAUGGUCGUGGUGAACGAAGCUGCUUCUAGAGAUAGAAAUAACAAACCGUACAGAGUAGUCUGUUAUUUAGGAAGUUGGGCCAAUUACAGACAUGGUGAAGGAAAAUUUGUAAUUGAAGAUAUCAAUCCUUUUAUUUGCACUCACUUAGUAUACGGAUUUGCCAAAUUGGAGUUAGAUAAUAAAAUAGUCGAAUAUGAUCCGUAUUUGGAUCUUAAGGAAAAUUGGGGUCUCGGCGCUUAUCAAAGAUUCAACGAUUUAAAGAAGAAGAACCCAAAUUUAACGACAUUAUUAGCCAUAGGUGGAUGGAAUGAAGGCUCUAUUAAAUAUUCUAAAAUGACAUCUAGCCACAAAACUAGAAAAAUAUUUGUUGAUAGCUGCUUAAGAUUUCUAACGAAAUACAAUUUUGAUGGUUUGGAUUUGGAUUGGGAAUAUCCUGCUAUGAGAGGAGGAAAACCCGAAGAUAGAACAAAUUUCAUUUAUUUAAUACAGGAAUUAAAGAAAGCUUUUGAACCACACGGCUUUUUAUUAACGGCUGCUGUCUCUGCUGGAAAGCCUACUAUUGAUGUAGCUUAUAAUAUUCCUCAAAUGUCGAAAUAUUUAGAUUUUAUUAAUUUAAUGGCAUACGAUUUUAAUGGUGCAUGGAAUUCUUUUACUGGUCAUAAUUCUCCUCUUUAUGCUCGUGAAGAAGAACCAGAAAGUCAAAAAAUAUUCAAUGUAGAUUUCGCAGUUAAUUACUGGUUAAACAAUGGAUGUCCAAAACAUAAACUUGUACUUGGAAUGCCUUUAUAUGGCCGAUCAUUUACCUUGAAAGAUGCUAAUAAGCACGGUUUAGGUGCAUAUGCUACUGGACCAGGAACGGCAGGACCAGUUACAGGUGAAGGAGGCAUGUUGGGCUAUAAUGAGAUAUGCAAAUUUAUUACACAAGAAAAUUGGAAGACAGAAUGGGAUGACUCGAUUAAAUCACCAUACGCCCAUAAAGAUAGACAAUGGGUCGGCUAUGAUGAUCAAAAGAGUAUAAAAAUAAAAGUUGACUAUUUAAAAAGACACGGGUUAAGCGGUGGUAUGGUGUGGUCCAUCGAUACAGAUGACUUUGGAGGAUUAUGCCACGGCCAUAAAUUUCCCCUUUUAAGUAUUAUAAAAAAUGAACUAAAUGGGCCUGAUACAGAUCCGACUGUAUUUCCUGACAAUUUUAAAACAACAAAUUACGGAAAACCUGACCAAGUACAUACAACAAAUCCGCCUAAACCAAUUUACACGACUAAAAUACCAGAGGUUGUAAUAGAAUGUGAAAGUGUUGGCUAUUUUAGAUAUCCUGGAGACUGUAGUAAAUUUUACCAAUGUUAUAAAUUAGGAAACAAUUUUGAAGUUGCUAUUUACAAUUGUCCACCGAAUACAGUUUUCGAUACAAAAGAAACCGCUUGUAACUAUCCAGAAUUUGUCGAAGGAUGUUAAGAAUUUUCCAUUAAUAAUAAAUGCGCUUGCACAAUAUUAA